AUGCAUCGAAAGCCAUUUUUUGCUCGGGAAGAAAUUCGUUCAUCUCACAAGUUACAGCUAGUACAUAGCGAUGUGUGUGGUCCAAUGCAAACAGAGUCAUUUGGCGGAGCAAGAUAUUUCGUGACGUUCACUGAUGUUUACUCUCGAUGUUGUGCAGUGUACUUUAUGAAGCAGAAGUUAGAAGUUCUGGAGAAAAUUAAAGAGUUUGAGGCUGCAGCAACGAACGAGGCUGGAAGAUCGAUAGGAAUAUUGCGAACUGAUAAUGGUGGCGAGUAUCUUUCCACAGAAUUUCAAGAUUAUCUCAAAGCGAAAGGUAUUAAGCAUGAAUUAACUGUUCCAUAUUCUCCUCAGCAAAAUGGUGUCGCUGAACGUAUGAAUAGAACGUUGGUCGAGUCUGCUCGGUCGAUGAUCGCACAAGCAAGAUUACCUAAGAUGUACUGGGCUGAAGCCAUUUCCACGGCUGUUUAG